GAGAGAGAGAGAGAGAGAGAGAGAGAGAGAGAGAGAGAGAACCAAAAGAAGAGAAUGAGGAGAGGGCGUAAAAGAGCAGACGGUGGCGCACCGUAGCACCGCCCCUCCUUAACUUGCGCCUUUCUUCAUUCUUCUUCCGAUUUCGAAAUUAUUCCUCUUCUCCCCUCUCAGGUCAUCUUCGAUCCCAUUUUGAUUCUUACUUCCAGCAUUGGAUUUGUCUCCCGUCAGAUGCAUCACUCACCUUUCUCUCUCUUUGCUUUGAACUUUCAAAAACAUUCGCGGACAUCAAAGGAACCCUAGCCUCCUCCAUCGCCGCCGCCCGAUGCUCCGAAUCAUGCGAUUCUCCGGUUUACUCUCCGUCCUAUUGGCUAUCAUCGUCCUAUCUCCUUCUCUCCAAUCCUUUCCCCCAGCCGAAGCUAUCAGAUCCUCCCACCUCCGAUUCCCAACCUCGCCGCAUAGAUUCUCCUUCAGGAAAUCCCCAGCGAUCCGCAACGCCGCCGAUUGCGCCGCUAUCGACAUCGAUUCCAGCGUCUGCAACCCUUCGUUGGUCCACGUCGCGAUUACUCUCGAUUUCGAGUACCUACGUGGCUCAAUCGCAGCCGUUAAUUCGAUCCUCCAGCACUCGUCGUGCCCCGAGAGCGUCUUCUUCCACUUCCUCGUCUCCGAGCCCGACCUAGAGUCCUUGGUACGCUCCACCUUCCCCGAAUUGAAAUUCAAGGUCUACUACUUCGAUCCGGAGAUCGUACGGACGCUGAUCUCCACCUCCGUGAGGCAAUCGCUCGAGCAGCCGUUGAACUACGCUAGAAACUACCUCGCCGAUCUGUUAGAGCCUUGCGUGCGGCGCGUGAUCUACCUCGAUUCCGAUCUGAUCGUCGUCGACGACAUCGCCAAGCUCUGGAGCACGAGGCUUGGAUCGAAAACGAUCGGAGCUCCGGAGUACUGCCGCGCGAACUUCACCAAGUACUUCACGCCGGCGUUCUGGUCUUCCGAGCGGCUCUCCGCGGCUGCGUUCAGAGGGAGGAGCCCGUGCUACUUCAACACGGGAGUGAUGGUGAUGGAUCUCGAGAGAUGGAGACGCGUGGGGUACACGGAGGCGAUAGAGAAGUGGAUGGAGGUUCAGAAGAGCGAUAGGAUUUACGAGCUGGGGUCUUUGCCUCCGUUCUUGCUCGUUUUCGCCGGGGAGGUUGCGCCGAUUGAGCAUCGGUGGAAUCAGCAUGGUCUCGGUGGAGAUAACGUGAAGGGGAGCUGCAGAGAUCUUCAUCCCGGUCCGGUUAGCUUGUUGCAUUGGUCUGGGAGUGGUAAACCGUGGUUCCGGUUAGAUUCGAGACGGCCUUGUCCACUUGAUUCUCUUUGGGCACCUUAUGAUUUGUAUAGACACUCACGUUGAUCAUUGAUUCUCUGUUACAUAUGGGGUUUGGUUUAUAGUCUCAGCUGGUUUAUGAAACUUUCAUUAAUUCUUUUCCUUUUUGUGUGUUCUUCCUCUGUAUUCUAUUCGAUUGUGAUUGUUCGUCGUUUGUGGAUGAAAUAAAAACAUAAAAAUAGAUACAUUCA